GACUUUAAUUUAUUUAAAUAUUUAAAAAAAGCUCAAAAAAUGCUCAUAAAUAAUCAACAACAACGACAAAUAUCAUUAAAUAAUCAACAACAGUCACAACAACCUCUUCAACGAACAUCUCCACCACCGCCACAACCUUGUUCCAAUCAGACAAAUUUUGAGGGAAAUAAUUUUAAUUUAAAUUCUCAACAGCCAAUUCCUUUAUUUGGUGGAGGAUUGGGAGGAAAUGGACAACAACAAUUAAACAAUAAUUUAUUUAAUUCUGUUGGAGGAAUGUUUUCAACAACAACUUUAAAUCAACAAAAUCCAAACAAUUUAAAUAAUGUUGGUGUUGAGAAUAGACAAAUUAAUGGACAGACAAUUCCUGGAGCUUGGUUUAUUUUUUUUGAAAUAUUUUGUAAAAAUAAUUUUGUAAACCGACUUUUGUGGAUCACACUUGCGGACUGGCAUUUGUCUGAUCUAAUAUAAAUCUUAAAUAAAAACUAGAUCCCUUUCAAAUCUUUUUCGUUACUCAUUUAGUCCUUCCCCUCCAGUCAGUUUUUCUCGACCCUAAGUUAAAACCUCUAGCUGAUUUUGGUUUCAUUCUGUCAGCUCGACGAGUUCUAUAUUCCACAAAAAAUUAUUUCCACAAACAUUUUUAUUUUUUUAAAGGUUUUUUCCUCCUCAACAGUCUGCUGA